GAGAGAGGAUGUUUUUGUCGCUCUGUGAGCCGGCCGGCUGUGGGGCCUGUGAUCCAUCCUGAGGAAACCAGCUGACGUCACCAGAGCUGAGCCCGACUCCGCACCCUGGCCACAGGGCUGCACGUGCUGGCCGCUGGGCCCACAGGGACGCCAUUGCUCCAGACAAAGGCCUGAGGGGCGAAUAUCCACAUGGCACACUACUGGACAAGUCAGUCGGUGAGACAAUGGCCUUGUGGUUCUGAGUGAUCGAGCCGCACUCAGAAAUGGACAAAGACCCUGUCAGCGAGGCAGCCAUGUGGAGGCUGGAGUGGUCUGCAGCCAGCUGCAGGUGACAAGGCAAGUGCGCUGGUCUCUGGCACACCCAGAGAUAAAGUCACUCUGCACUGUGUCUGCAGAGAAGCAAACCACAUUCUGUUCUGCCACCUCCCCAUCAUACUCGCUCCAAAUGGCCAUCACAGACUUUCUGGCUGUAUCGGACAUCACCUCAGCCAUCAACGCUUGUAAAGCCAAUGACUCGUUCAGCCCCAAGACGUUCUUUGCGACAGUGGGUUUGUCCAAGAAGUCUCCUCCAGAGAUCGAGAAAGUGUUUAAGGUCUUAGACCAGGACAAGAGUGGCUUCAUUGAACAGGAUGAACUCCAGCUCUUCCUGCAGAACUUCUCCAAGGCAGCGCGGCCCCUGACCGCGGCAGAGACCCGUGCGUUUCUCCUGGCCGCGGAUAUGGACGGAGAUGGCAAGAUCGGCUGGGAAGAAUUCUCUGCCCUUGUGAAGGCUUCAUGAAGGCCCUUGAGGAACAUCACUAAUCCCAUUCAUGACGGAGUCUGUCUCAACAGUGUUUAGUUUGAGGAUGUGUAGUACGAUCCCUGUGAAAGCAAUGCCACCCGGGAUACGCCUACCACGUGGUGUGACUAGUUCUGAUAUUCUGAAAAUCUAAUACUGUAAACAAAUAUAAAAUAAACAGUGGUUGGAUUAACCCUUGCCAUGGA